AUGAAGUUCAACGGUAUCGAAAGUAAUUUGCGUGAUGAGCAGGCCCAAAUGCGUCGUGUUGCAUUUUUUGCAAUUGUUAUUUCGACUGCUGCAGUGAUUGCUUCCAUUGUUACCCUUCCAAUGUUAUACAGUUUUGUUCAGUCUUUUCAAUCUCAUCUUAUUGCUGAAGCUGAUUUCUGCAAGUCCCGGUCUCGGGAUAUGUGGCAGGAAAUGAACUUAAUUGAUAAGAGUUAUCGGGUCAAACGAAAAGCAGGCACCUGGAUGUUUGGUCAAUUCAUACCACGUGCAUCUGGUGCCAAAAAUUAUGAUUUGGGAAGUGCCGAUUAUGGUAAUGAAAUUCCUACACCAUAUGGUGGCCGAGCAGGAGAUGGAUCUAAUGACGGAGAUCGUUAUGGAGAUUCUAACAGUGGCAAUACUUAUGGAAGUGGAGGUAAUCAAUAUGGUAGCAAUACUGCAAGUGAUAGCGAUUACGGUAAGUCAGAUGUACCAUCCGGUUAUGGUCCAGGUCCGAUAAUUAAUGCAGAACCAAAAGUUGGAAGUUUCUGCUGUCCAUGUCAGCAGGGCCCUGUGGGACCACUAGGACCACCUGGUGAUCCUGGACCUGAUGGAAAUGAUGGUGAACCAGGCAAGGAUGGCGAUAAUGGAAAAAAUGGACAGAUGCUGCAAGAAGCAAUUGAAAUCGACGAGUUAUGCAUUAUUUGUCCACCUGGACCACCCGGUUUAGCUGGUCAGGCUGGCCCAAAAGGACCACAAGGACCGAAGGGUGCUGAUGGUGCAAAAGGUGAAGAUGGUAAAAGCGGAGAACCUGGCAUGAUUGGUGCACCGGGACCAGUUGGACCACCCGGAAAGGAAGGAUUGCCUGGACCUACUGGUCAACCCGGACGUCUUAUUUCAAUUGAUGGACCUCCUGGACCAAUGGGACUACCUGGAGCACCCGGAUUACCUGGUCCAAAAGGACUCCCAGGACCGGAUGGAGCUACCGAAGAUGGUCCUGAAGGACCACCAGGAAAUGAAGGUGCACCAGGACCACAGGGAGAGAGAGGUCUAGAAGGACAACCAGGAUUACCAGGAGAACGAGGAGAAGCUGGUUCAUGUGAACAUUGUCCCGAACCGCGUACACCACCAGGCUACUGA